AUGGUUGAUAAGCUAUCCGUGAGUGAUAUUGUAACGAAAGUUUAUCAAGCUGCUCGUGAUGGUUCUUCUAAUCUGACUGAUCUUUUAAAGCGGCUGAAAACAGAACAAAGAAAAACCGCUUUGGAAACAAAAACUAAAGGUGGUAGCCAUUUUGUCACUCCUCUAAUCAUCGCUGCUCACAAUGGACACCUGAAUUCUGUGAAGAUUCUUUUGGGACAUGGAGCAGACAUUGAGGCUCGAGGAACGCUUAAGAUAGAGGACCAAGUUGUAGAGGGAUGUACACCUUUAUGGGCCGCUGCUAAUUCUGGCCAUCUUGAUGUUAUGAAACUGUUAAUCGAACAAAAUGCAGAGGUUGACGGCAGAACUUCGAGGGGUGGGACUCCGUUGAGGGGUGCUACUUACUAUGGACACCUUGACAUUGUGAGAUGUUUGUUUGAGAGCGGAGCAGAUGUGAAUGCACGAAUGAACGAAGGGCACACCCCUCUAAUGUUAGCGUGCUCCUUUGGCCACUUAAGUGUUGUUACCUAUCUUAUUAACAAAGGCGCCUUUAUGGAUCUACAAUUCAAAGAUGGCAGAACUGCACUUCACAGCGCUGUUAAAUCGGGUCACUUUGAGAUUGUCAGUCAACUUUUGGCUCUAGGAGCAUUACAACUGCCAAAUAAUCAAGGUUUAACACCUCUUCUUUAUGCCGGUGAUAAAGGUUCCAUUGAAAUGGUGGAGCAUAUUAUCAACAGACCGGAAUGUACAAAGCAACAGAGAAUUGAUGCUUUUGAACUUCUUGGUGCCACCCUUGCUAAUAAACGUUGCCGUAACGCCGGUGACACUAAGAAAGCUUUUAGUUAUAUGAAACGUGGAAUGGAAGAGAGGUAUGAAGACCUGGCGCAUCCAGUGCUUAAAAAGAAAAUGGAACCUGUGGAAGCUUACCAAAAUAGAAAAGAGAGUCAAACUCUUGAGGAACUUGCUCUGCUAGAAGGUGAUGCUCAGGCUAUCGGCAUGGAAGGACUAAUCAUCAAAGAGAGAAUUCUUGGGUCUGACAAUCCAGCAAUUCGUCGCUCUAUCAGAUACCGGGGAGCUAUUUUAGCUGACUCUAAGCAGUACGAGCUUUGUUUUGGUUUGUGGAAACGAGCGAUGGAGAAAGCCACGAACAACGACGUUUCAAUAAUAAGAGAUCUUGGAUUCUACACAUCUGUAUUUGGAAAAAUGGUACAAAAAAGAAUACUCUUAAGACCAAACUUCAUUGAAGACGCAUUUGAAAUACUAGUUGCUGUAAGUGAGAAACGGACAGAAAAAUUACAAGAGGGGCAUGGAAACGAGGAGCUAAAAGACAUGCUUUAUUAUGCUCUCUAUCUUUUGAUGAUAUACACUAAAGUUAAAGCUCAAAAUGCCAACAUGACCGAUUUUCUUCAAAGAUUCCUGCGUUUAAACCUUAGUUGCAGUGAUGGAAAUACUCUACUGCACUUGGCUGCGUGGCACGAAACUCCAGUUAAAGAAGACAUUGUGCGAGGAGUGUGCAAGCUUCCCUGUAUUGAGACCAUGAAGCUUAUUUUACAUUUAGGGGGGAAUGUAAAUGCCGUUAACACCGAGGGUAACACACCUCUUCAUCUAGCUGUGAAGUUUAAGCCAGAGCCGGAGGAAGUCGAGAUUUUGAGAGAAAUGCUGCUGUUGUUGUUAGAUAUCGGUGCAGAUCCAAAGCUAGAAAACGAAAAUGGUCAAACACCCCUGGACAGCUGUGAAACUCAGACAGCUCGUAUGAUCCUGUCCGAGAAAGGAAGACUGAGUGGCGUAAACGUCGACGUCGGAGAUGUAAGAAAGUUUUAAAUGUUAACAUAUUAUAAUUUUGUAAAAUCUUUUCUGUCACCUCUGUCACAAAAUGAGGGAGUACUUACUUCCGUGUCCCAUGUAGCCUGUGAACAGGCUGUCUGUCUCCUCGCGAUUUUUUCACCCUCUCCCCAAACAGAGAGCCUGCUCUAAGGCUAUGUCCCAUGUUGUUUCUAUUUCAAAUACGUCACGCUUGUCUGCCCAUCUCUAUCUGAACGUCUGGAACGGGCUAAAUUUCCAAAAUCGUCUCUUUUCGAAUGAAACGAUCUUACAAUGCCGUGAUAGGCACAUUUGAUAGUGGCAUGUACAGAAGGCUCGUAGAUUAAGUUUUAUAAUAUAGCAAGCGGACGCACGUGUAUGUUUUAAAGCGGCCCAAUUGUUACUCCGGCCAAUUUACUGACUGAGAACUGUUAUGAACCGUUCGAUUGACGUUUGUGGAAAAGAACAUUGAAUUCAAAGUUUUCCAAAUAAGAGGUCCAAAGAACAAAUUAAACUGAAAAGCGUCAGGGUAAUACUAACACAUUUUUGUAAAUCUCUUUUGCCUGCAGAGGGAAAGGGAGUUAUACCAAUUUCCUGUUUCAUUUUUCCUCUCGCCCCGUCUCUGCCAUUUUUUUUUUGCCCCCUUUCACUAAACAGGCUACAUAAGUGCCGUUUUCGCGACGGAUUUAUGACAGUUUAAAUAGUUUAGGAUGUAGUACGUUUAUUGUACUAAAUUACUUUGGUAUAUAUCAUCUGAGGAGGCAUGUAUUUCUCUGUUCUCAAAGGCUGGAAAAAUCGAAAGUGGAAAUGAUAGAAGGAGAGAAGGAGGAGGAUUUGUUCGUCGAACAGAAAAAGAUCUUAAUGAAAACACUCAAAAGGAGACUGAAACAAAGGAAAUAUCAGGUAUAUAAGAGAAUCUAACUAAGGGAACAAUUGGUUAAAACGAAUAAUACUACUACAUGAGAAAUUUCUGUAAUUUGAUUGGCUUAGAGCAGUGGUAUUUCUGCUUAAUUUGAAAUACCAAUUAAUUUGAAAAUUACAAACCUUUUGCGGGUAGUAGUAUAAACAAAUACUAGCAUGAUUUGCACUUGAUAUUUGGCAUAAAUACCACUCGUGAUAUUUCAAAAUUGUAAAUUACGUGUAACAAUUUCGAAAUAUCACUCGUGGUAUUUAUGCCAAAUAUCACUACAAAUCAUGCUAUUACCUAUACUAAUUGUACCCAGGACCAUUGAAUUCCACUGAUGAGCCGUUAGGCGCCAUUUUAGGAAAGAGAGACUGGGGCCAAUGUCCCCAUAUGACGGAUCCCGCAUCGUUCAAGGCGGUAGAAGAUAUUUGGACUUUUCUCAUAGUGAUGGACAUAAUACAUGUAUGAUCAACAAAAAGUAAAUGAAUGUAAUGUUUUUUUGUAAAUAAAAGCAAAAUAAGGCCAGCCCAUGAGUGUAACCAAGAGAACAGCAGGAGUGGAGACAGAAUAUCCCAUAGGGAAGUAAAAUAUAUUUCAAGCAACAUACCUGGUACAUUUUAUUAUGAUGAGAUCAAAUACCUUGGGUCUGAAAUUAAAAUAAUUAAAUUUAAAUUGAGAGGAGUGAGGCACCUAUAGAAGAUUCAGUCUCUAUAAGUUUGAACCUCUCUAGAUGUUACACUAAGGUCACUGAGCGUGAGACCAAAGAAAAUUGUCUCUUUUUUAUGCUGUGAGACAAAAAAGCAGAAAAUGGCGUCCUUCUAUCUUUAUUUCUUUAAGGACAAUUGAGGGAGUUGAGACAGCAGUUACAAAGUGUCCAAGAGCAACUAAGACAGAGAGACGGACAACUGAGGAAAGCGACACAACAGCUGACAAAUGUUCAACGGCAGCUAAAAGAGAGAAAUGAACAGCUAAGAGAGAGGACAUUGCAGUUGACAAACGUUGAAAGACAACUCCCCGACAAAGAUGGACAAUUGAGAGAAAUGACACAACAGCUGUCAAAUGUUCAAAGGCAACAGAGCAAGAGAGAACGACGACUGAGAGAGUUGACACAGCAGUUGACAAAUUUGCAAGGGCAACUUCAAGAAAAAGUUGAAGAAAAUACCUCCUUAGAGGAACAACUGAGGGCAAAAGAACAAGAAGUGAAUGAACUGGACAUAUCUCUUGCAACAGCUCAACAAGCGUUAACUCAACGUCCACGCCAACAGUCACCUGACUGGGUCAUUUCCCGAGAUCAAAUUCAGCUGACAGAGAAAUGCAUUGGUAAAGGAGGCUGGGGAAGUGUUGUCGAAGGCAAGUAUUGUGGCUGCGCUGUUGCCGUGAAACAGAUUUACGAGGUGCUUCUGAACCUUUCCUCUCAUAACAGAGAAAUGUUUGAGCGGGAAAUGAGCAUUGCUUCAAAAUGCCGCCAUCCUUGUUUGCUGCAGUUCAUCGGAGCAACAAACGAUGAAGGAAGUCCUUUGUUCGUGACAGAGCUCAUGGAAACGAGUUUGCGAAAAUUACUGGAGCAGCGAUCUCUUUCUACAGCUGAAGCGGCCGUUAUUUCUCUGGAUGUGGCUCGUGCAUUGAAUUACCUGCACCAAAAGAAACCACGCCCCAUCAUCCACCGCGAUAUCAGCAGCGCCAAUGUGUUGCUAUGGCGACAAGCGGACCAAUGGCGAGGCAAAGUGUCGGAUUAUGGUGCUGCUAAUUUCAUGCAGCAAACAUUGUCAGUUUGUCCAGGUGCUGCAGUAUACAGUGCUCCUGAAGCACUUACUAAAAAUCAGACUGUGAAGGUAUGUCGUCUGCUAAACUUAAUCUCCAAACAAAGAGCCUGUUCACAGGCUAAUUUAGAAUAUUAAAUCCUUGCGAUAUACCCAAGGAGAAAAACCCAAGGGCUAAGAGAUGCAUUUUAUGGCUGUGAAAAAGUAGAGAAAACGUUCUGGUUUUGUGAUUUGGGGAUACUUAUUUCUGUCAAAAAGUUAUAUAAAAUAGUAAGGGGUUGGACCUCUGUGGGAUUAGCCCUUAAUUUUCUUCCUUAGUAACCACGUUCGACAUAUAAUCGUCCUGAUGUAUUGUGUGAUACGUUAGUGACCUUAGGCCUUGAUCGUCUUAUCAUCUAGAAUCAUUAAAUAAUACAUCCUUGAAUAUUGUACUUGGCCUCCACUCUUCGUUUCCGGCCUCCGAUAAUCGCACAACCUCUGGGUGGAGUCCCCCGUACUAAACUUUGUUGAGUAAUCUCUUCCCCCUACCCGGUAGAUAGUCUAGACCAAAAGACCGAAGAUGUGAGUAUUUAGGUAAACAGUGAAAGAUUUUAGUGGUCGAUUUUCGUCUUCCAGCGCGCGCUGAGUGGAAUAAAGAAUGGUAUAUAAAAGAAUCAUUUGUGGUUUUACAAUAAUCUUAGUCCUCUUUGGGAAUAAGACCUAUGCCCUAGGAUUACUAACUUUGAAAAUUUUUUGUGUGUACAAAGGAGUCAAAUCAUACAUAAGGCGAUGAGUAUUGAUGUGGAACUAUAGUGUUGUUAUUUAAAUGUUCAUAUAUUUUUAACUUUUAUCGUAUCUUUUUCGUCUUCAGGUUGAUGUGUACAGUUUUGGUGUUCUCAUCUGCGAGAUGUGCAUCAGGAAACUACCAAAUCCUGACAGGCGUGCCGAGCAAGUCGCCAUGGUGAAAAAGAAAGUGGUAAGAGCCCUCAUUCGUAGAUGUUUACAAGACGAUCCUCAAGACAGGCCUAGUAUGGAAGACGUCAUUGGUGAACUACAAAAGCUAGUCUAA